GGUUGCAUUCUCCCGGCGCAGAUUUCCGCAGUCCUGCACAGCUCUGCGUUCUUCCAGGGCUGCGGACGGAUUUCACCACAGCCCAGCAGCCCCAUCCAGAACGUUCUGGACGUCACUUCGGGCAGGACUUCAUGGCAGACGAAAGGAGCUUCCCUGACAGCCUCAUUGACGAGGAUCCUCAGAAAGCUCUAGAGGAGCUGAAUGGGGUAUUGGAACGAACAUCAGAUAAUGCAGAAUGGUACUGUCAGAGAUCCUACACCCACCUUCUGCUACAAAAUUACAGCAGUGCUCUUGAAGAUGCAAAGAAGGCUCUUGACCUGAAGCCAAACCUUGCCCUAGCCUAUCUCAGAGCAGGAGCUGCAGAGUACCAUUUAAAAAACUACGAAUCUUCAUAUGAGGCAUUCAAAUCAGGACAGAAGUUAGAUGAAUCUGACAGCACCUUUGGGAUUUGGAUUAAAAGAUGUGAAGAAAACAUGGAUUUGAAUAAACAGAAUGGAUCAUCCAACACGGCAGCGCAACCAAAUGUGAAAUACGAUUGGUACCAGACAGAACCACAAGUUAUCAUCACCAUCAUGGUCAAGAAUUCUAGGAAGGAAGAUGUAAAUAUCCAGUUUGAAGAAAAGAUGUUACAUGCAACUGUGAAGCUGCCACAGGGUGAUGAAUUCAAUUUGAAGAAGCAUCUUCUUCACUCAAUAGUUCCCGAGCAAAGCACAUUUAAAAUUCUCUCAUCAAAGAUCGAAAUUAAAAUGAGGAAGACCGAAGCCAUCCGAUGGGAACAGUUAGAAGGAGAGGGGGCCAAGCCAAAUGUCAAACAAUUCACACCUAGCCAGUAUCCUUCUUCUUCACAUUAUACAAAAAACUGGGACAAGCUAGUUGUAGAUAUAAAAGAGGAGGAGAAGAGUGAGAAACUAGAGGGAGAUGCAGCUUUGAACAAACUUUUCCAACAAAUAUAUGCGGAUGGCUCUGAUGAAGUUAAACGUGCAAUGAACAAGUCAUUUAUGGAGUCUGGAGGAACUGUUCUGAGCACCAAUUGGUCAGAUGUUAGCAAAAGAAAAGUAGAUGUGAGUCCUCCUGAUGAUGCAGAAUGGAAGAAGUUCUAAAAGCAUUUGGAUCCCGGAAGCUCACGUUUUCUUCUUCUGUACCUUUUUUGUGGACAGAUUUUUUUUUUCCUUGCACUGUUUUGGGGGAAAAAAGGCUGCAAGCAAUUCUGUGCAUUUUAAAAAAAAUC